AUGCGUCCCGUGCCUAUAAUCCGCAGUAGGACGGGCUGUUUUACCUGUAGGAAGCGCAAAAAGAAGUGCGACGAGAGUAAACCAAUCUGCAGCGGUUGCAAGCGCAAUAAGCUCGACUGUGUCUGGCCUGAACCACAGCCUGCCAAGGAGCCAUCGCGGUCCUCAUUUGGUGCUGCAUCUACAAGCUCACAGCAGAGCGUUGCUUCGCUGAGACAGGGCCACGAUGCGGACUCGGUGAAUGACCCGGUCAUACCGGACCCGGUGCCGGAGGAGGACCGAGCUGCUGAGAAUCCCGAUGUACCCCAGAAUGGCGACAGUUCUCCGGUGCAUGGGCAAGUGCAAGGGCAAGGGGACACCCACAUGGUCGAUGCUGAAGCUGAUGUGGAUAUCAUCACUUCCGUUGAUGAUGUUGAUCAGCCAUCUCCUUCACAGUCAUCCAACUCAUCAGACUCACCGACUGUUAUCACAACAUGGGAUGCAGAUACCGCCAACGCUCUCACUCUCACUCUGCCGCCGUCCCCAGACACAGGACUCUCAUUCAACGGAGCUAUUACUAUGCCAAUGUCGAUGCUACCUGAGCAGGGACAUCAGUCAUAUGAGCUCCUCAGUUACUACCUGUCACGAACGGCCAAUAGCAUGGGCAACGGUUCCACAGACGUGAAUCCCUUCAUCGCCAAGCUUAUACCAUUGGCCUUCUCAAAACCUCUUGUGUUACAACUUAUCCUCGCUCAGAGCGCUGCGCAUCGCCAGGCAUCAGCAGAGCGACAUCCAAGCGAUGAGAUUGCUCAGAGAUAUUACACCGACUCACUGCGGAUGUUUAGGAAUGUCGUCGAUGAGUAUGUAUCUGGAAACGCAGAGAACACCCUUGUCUUGACAGUCGGCAGUCUUAUUAUGUGUUUGACUGAGGUUGCCAAGGGAGACAUUCACGGCACAAUAUUUGACCAUCUAACAGCGUCCAAGUCAUUAGUGAGCACAUUACUCACAGGGACACAGAACAUGGUAUACGACGAUUUACCAGACUUUCUAAUCGAGUACUACAUGCAUAUCGCAGGCACCAGUAUGAUCUCGAUUGAUCCCCAGUAUAACUCACAGUCAUUGCUCAGCCCCGAUAUUGAAGUCCGGGCCAGAAACUUGGUCGCAAGGAAGUACGUCGGCCAACUAUGUGGCUGCUGGCUCGAAAUCCUCAUUCUUAUAUCCCAGAUCUUUCACCUAGGACAAGUAAUGUCUUCACCGACUGCCGAUGGAGAGAUCUCUCCAAACCCCGACAACAUUGUCAAUUUCGCUUUCCUUCAAUCUCAAGUAAUGGGCUUCUUCCCAGAUCCUUCCGUCACACCAUAUACACGUCUUGCGGGGCUGGUAUGGAAACAAGCUGCCCUCCUUUAUCUCUGGACAGUCCUCGGAAAACCUUAUCAGCAACCUGAAGGUAGCUUCCAACGAGCAUUAGUUGAAUCGGCCGUCGCUGAAGCAGUGGCAUUACUUGAUCAGUUCCCCGCUUCGGUCAGGAUAAAUACGAGUCUCUGCUGGCCACUCGCUGUCAUCGGGUGUAGCACUUCAGAUCCUACAGUCCAGCAGGUUUUGAGGACGCGGUUGCAGACUAUGUUGGACACAAUUGGUCUGGGGAAUAUGAGACAAACACUGGUGCUACUGGAGCAUAUUUGGGAGCAGCCGCCGGACCAAGUCAGUCCUUGGACGCUAUGUAGGGCGAUGCGUGAGCGUCAGAUCUGGAUAUCUUUUGCAUGA